AUGCGCCUCCUGUCGGCCGCAAUGACACUGUCCGCCGCACCUUUUCGCCACAGCUACUGCUCUGCACGGCAUGCGCCUCUGAUCAUCGACACUGACUGCGGCCUCGACGACCUGGCAACGCUCGUCUUCGCUGCAGCGACGGCCACGCCGAUCAGCCUCGUGACGACGACGUCAGGCCUGGCUCCGCCCGGCCGUGGUCACUCUCUCGCGCGGAGCAUGCUCGACUACGUCGGCCUGCAGGAUGUUCGCGUGGUCGCUGGCGCCGAGAUGCCACCGCCAGGCGUGGUGCGGGAGAAGGCGGAGUGGGAGAUGACGUAUCAGCAGCGCGUCGCCGAUGUCACAGCCGCAAUGGGGCUGAGGGAGGCGGCAGCGGAGGCGGAGGUGGUGGACGCCGGCGACGCCGGCGCAGCCGCUGACGCGAUUUUGUCGGCCGCCCGUGAGUCUGGCGGCAACGCCACCGUCCUUGCACUCGGGGCACUCACAAACGUAGCGCUGUCGUCGCGCCGCCACGGCUCCGACUUCUCGCGCCUCGUGCGGCGAAUGCUGACUUCGUCGGUGGCACGCCUCGAAGUGCUCGGCUCGGGCGUCGAGGUCGUGCUCGUUGGGCAGGCGUGCUACGCGAAGCCGGCGUGGGCGCUCCUCUACCACCUGCAGCCGGACGCCUUCGCCGGUGGCGAGGCGCGCGUGCCCGUGCGCGUGAGCGGCGACACGUCGACGGCGGCCGGCUGGCGGCCCGACGGCCACGUCAUCGAGCUCGCCGGCGUCAGCCUGGAACGGUACGCCGAGUUUGUGCGCAGCGCGUGCACUUACCGUGGUUGA